AUACAUGCUUGGUGGCUUCUGGUAGGAGAGCGACCUUGCAUGUCAGCUAAGCAGUCUCAGAAAUGAUUUUAUCUAAUCUAUGCCUGCUAUUCUAACAUGACCAGCUGAAAAGAUCUCUGUGUCUAUGGGAUGCAGAUUCCCCUCCGGAGAUCACUGAGGACACCAUGGCAGUGACUUUCAAAACAAUGCUAGGUCGGGUCAAGGAUGUUUGCAAAAGGAAUGGUUUACUCGUUCUCUCAGUGUUAUCUGUCAUAGUGGGAUGUCUUCUUGGAUUCUUUCUGAGGACAAGGCGCCUCUCUCAGCAGGAAAUUAGUUAUUUCCAAUUUCCUGGAGAAUUAUUGAUGAGAAUGUUGAAAAUGUUGAUUCUGCCUCUGGUUGUUUCAAGCCUGAUGUCAGGACUAGCAGCUCUGGAUGCUAAAACUUCUAGUCGAUUAGGCAUCAUUACAAUCACUUACUAUCUGUGGACUACAUUUGUGGCUGUAAUUGUGGGAAUCAUUAUGGUCUCUAUUAUCCAUCCCGGUGGAGCAGCCCAGAAGGAAAUUACUGAAGAAGGUGCGAAGCCAAUAAUGAGUUCUGCAGAUGCAUUGCUGGACCUAAUUCGGAACAUGUUUCCUGCAAACCUUGUGGAAGCCACUUUUAAACAGUAUCGAACCAAAAGCAUUCCAAUUGUCAAAGUGAGCAAAGCACCAUCUGAAAGUAUUACUCGCCGAAUUAUAAUCUACGGUGUGCAAGAUGAAAAUGGAUCCAACAUCCAGAAUUUUGCUUUGGAUAUUACACCACCACCAGAAGUGAUUUAUAAGUCAGAGCCAGGCACUAGUGAAGGCAUGAAUGUGUUGGGAAUUGUAAUAUUCUCUGCUACCAUGGGUAUAAUGCUGGGCAGAAUGGGUACCAGUGGAGUUCCCUUGGUCAGUUUUUGCCAGUGUUUAAACGAAUCAGUCAUGAAGAUAGUGGCUGUGACUGUAUGGUAUUUUCCAUUUGGAAUAGUAUUUCUUAUUGCUGGUAAGAUUUUGGAAAUGGAUGAUCCCUCAGCCAUCGGGAAGAAACUAGGUUUUUAUGCUGUCACUGUACUUUGUGGACUAGUUGUUCAUGGACUUGUUAUUCUGCCAAUGAUGUAUUUCUUCAUCACCAAGAAGAACCCCAUUGUCUUUAUCAGAGGCAUUCUUCAAGCACUGCUUAUUGCCUUGGCCACAUCAUCCAGUUCAGCCACUUUGCCUAUAACUUUCAAGUGCUUAUUAGAGAAUAAUCAUGUGGACCGGAGGGUUGCUAGGUUUGUGCUCCCAGUAGGGGCUACAAUCAACAUGGAUGGAACAGCUCUGUAUGAAGCAGUUGCAGCUAUUUUCAUUGCCCAAGUAAACAACUAUGAACUGGAUUUUGGACAGAUCAUCACCAUAAGCAUUACGGCAACAGCUGCCAGCAUAGGAGCUGCUGGAAUCCCACAGGCUGGCCUUGUGACCAUGGUCAUUGUUUUAACAUCAGUGGGGCUGCCUACAGAUGACAUCACUCUAAUAAUUGCAGUUGAUUGGGCUCUAGACAGAUUUCGGACAAUGAUCAAUGUCCUGGGUGAUGCUCUUGCUGCUGGAAUAAUGGCACAUAUUUGCAGAAAAGAAUUCACCACAGACAGAUCUGAGGUGCCUUUGAUUGGAGAAACAAAACCCAUUAGUAUCCACAAAAUUAUUGCUUAUCAGAAGAAUGGCUGUGUGAAGUCCAUGAAUAAAAUGCAUGGACCCGAACCAGUCAAAACAACACUGCAUCACUUACCUAUUCAAGUGGAACAAGAAGAGAAUCACUCAGAACAUUACACGGAGAAAUCCAACAAUGAAGACCACUGUACUAUUGAAAUUAAUGAAUUGGAAACAAAUGUGUAAUGGACAGUUACUCCUAAAAGUAUCUGAAAACAAAAGAAUAUCCUGUAAAUGAAGUUGGGACAUGGCCUGCUUCUUCAAUAGCAAGGCAUGCAAUGACUGUUAUUCCUGAAUUGAGGUUAUAAGAUAGUUGUGGACACCUGUGAAAAAAAGAAGGCUUCAUGGAAGAUGGGUUCCAUUGGUUGGUUGGGUUAGUAGAAAGGAAUUAAUCACUGGAUAAAUUUUGUUUACUUUGGGCAAAUAGAUAUGGCGAUGUUUCUAAGAAGAAACCUUCUGAUCCAUUGAAAUGAUUUCUACUAAAUCACCCUGACUCAGUUUUUCCAAUCAAAAUGAAUAUACCACAAUUUCAUUAAUGUUCUACCUUUAGGUUAAAAAUGUAUUACUAACUAAUGGAUUAAGGAUAAACUGUGGAUGGGAUCAAGUCCUGGUUACCGAGCCUGAGUUAUGUGAAUAAAGCAUUGUUAUUAAUCUGCUGGUUUGGAUACACUGUAAUCAUAAGCAGUGGUUAGUUUAAAAUGGAAAUGGGUCUGCUUUCCUAAAGUUGCCUAGAUGAAAGUGGAGAGAACAGUGCAUGUAUUCAGGGGCCUUGAGAGGUCAUUAAACUACCGUUUGGUGUUACAUGCGACCUGGAUUAAAAUUGUUUAACAAAUCAUUCUUGUUUGCAGCUUCAUUCUGCUCUAUUCAAUGUUCUGAGUGAAUACUGUAGCAGCUUUCUGAUUGAAGUCCAAAGAAAUGGUUUUAAUUUAUAACACCCUCUAUGGCUUGACACCUCAGUAAUUUUGGGACUGCCUCCUUCAACCUAUCUGUCUGAGAGAAACUGUUAAUACUGUUAGUACUGCUCCCCAACACCACUUUGGGAAGGAAGGGGAACUGAGGCCCAGAUGGGUUGUUUCUCUAUGAUGGCCUCUGUUAUAUAGAAUGGCCUUCCGGAAGACAACAUUGGCUCCAUCAAUAAAAGCCUUCUAGAAGCUAGUUAAAAACUGGAAGCUAGUUAAAACUGGGGGUGUUGGGAUGAAUUGUGAUAGCACUGGGGCUGUUACAUAAUUCUAAAUGUAACUUAAAUUUAAUUUUAAGUUACUGUGAAAGUUUUAGUGUUGCAUUUUACAGUUGUUAUAAAUCCUCCAAGAGUUUCUUGAUGUGGCACUAUAUAAAUUUAAGGAAUGAAUGAAUAGACUAAUAUGAUCUUUAUAUCUACAACACAUGGAUUUCAAAUAGUCAAUUUCUAAUAGUAGUAUAGAUGGACUUUUGACUGUGAUGGUAGCAACUAUAUAAUGAUCAGGUAUAGAAAUUCCAUUGUACAUUAAAGAUUCUCAGAGCCCUUUCAUUUUUACUUUGUAUUAUUUGGAGAGAUAAAUGGCAAUUAAUACUGUUUGUUACAUAUUAUUUUCUAAGGUUUACAAUGUAUAUAUUAUAACAUUAUAUUUUUGAAUGAAGAAAUAUUGUGUUUUGUUUAAUGAGGUGAUAGAGAAGGGAGUCUUAUUUUUAAGAUCCCUAAAAAUAAACCAUUAAGCCCCAUUCUAAACAUUCCCUAUCAUAUUUGUCUCCCAAAUUCCAGAUACUUCCUUCCUUUUUGCUUCUCCUUAUUUUUCUUCCACCACUAACUUGAUAAAAUCUACAGUGACUGAAUCAGUGUUUUUCAACUGUGGCAACUUUAAGAUGUACAAGUAUGGGAUUCUUGCUGGGGAAUUCUGGGAGUUGAAGUCCACACAUCUUAAAAUUGCCACGGUUGAAAAAAAAAACUGGUCUAAUUAUAAAAAAAAAACAAACCCAAAAUAACUGGUGCUAAAAAAAAAGGGUACACAAUGUUCUGUAAUUUAUAUAGUUUCAAUGUACGUUAGUUUGGGCCCAAAUCCCUUGUGGUCUGAGUGUUUACAUAAAAAUAAGUUAGAAUAUAGCACAUGCAAAUGUGGCACACGUUCAUUGUAAUGAUAUAUUCAGAUUAAUAAUGUUCUUAUGAUUGUCUGUAAAUGCUCCCACACAUACACACAUGCUAUGUAAGGCAUCUUGGAUGAGUUUCUUCAGAGCCAGUUCAAAUGUCCAACUCUGCAGUCUUAUGCUUUUAAUUUGGCAAUGGCUUCUAUUUGGAGCAGUUUAAAGCAAGUGUGAGACAAGAGCCAGAGCUAUGGCUUUUGAAUUGCUGCACCACUCUUAUAGCCCAUUAGACGGAAAAGGGCUAGAGGGAAAUAGUGCUUUUUUGGCUUUAAUACUUGGACAGAGGUUUGAAUUUUUGAAGUUUCAAUUUUUCCUGAAAAAGAGUAAUGUUGAAGACUCUCAGUUAUAAAGCUCAUCUACUGAAAGUGAACCAAAUAUUGUCAUUUAUGAGACAAAAAUAUUGGGCUAACAAAAUAGAGGAAUAUGGUAUUUAUCACCGGUGCUGUGUGCAAGGGGAAAUAAAAUAGCAUGCAAUCAGUUUAGCUUUUGGCAGCCAUGGCUUAUUUCCCCUUAGAAUGAAGUAUAUCUGCCAAUUUUUUAAGUUGUUAUUUAUCUUUUUUUUAAGUAUGCCUUUCCUUCGGCAGAAGUGUCCAAAGCACUUUUUUUUCUCUUUCACCUUUGGGCACUCUAGUUGCAAUAUAGCUCUAUGGAGACAUCAGCAUUGGCCUUCACCAGGUUGGCAAUGACCACGGGGCAGAGAUUCUGGGCUGUAUAUCUCCCAUAAGGCAAACUUGUAAAGAAAUUGUCAUUUAGUGUUCUGUUCAAGGAAAUCUGGCUCCUUCUGCAGCUGGAAACAAUUCUCUUUUUCAGUGCCUGUCCUGGAAGAAGGCUUUUUGAGAAGUUUUUAGCUUACAAGUCCUUGCAUGAACUCUUUCACUCUCUCUUCUUCAGUGCUCUAUCUUUUAUGUUUUAAACUUUAUUUCCACUGGUCCUUCAUUAUUCUUGCAAAUAUCUCACCCCUGCCUUAUUCCUUAUUGGAGAGAAAAAGAAGUUUUAUAUUUGUCUAGUUGUUGAGGAAGAGAGCUGAGACCAUUUGAGAAGAAAAAUGUUUAUGAACUAACCCUAAAAUUGUUUUUUUAAAAAAUGGCAAUUUGCUUGUUCUCUUUCUUUUACUCUCCCUUUCUCUCUUGUAUCCUUUGCAUCAUAAAAUACCUUCUAGUGAUUCCAAAUGAACCAUGUAUAUUAAAAUUGCUUCCAUAAAAAUGUUUUUAA